AAAAUUGCGGGGUUAAACGCACGGUCUCGUGAGAGACGAGAACCAAAGAUUAAACUCAUUUGUCUAAAAAUCAACCAGCAAACAAGCAGGCAACGAAGGAGAGAAAGGAAGAGAAGCCCCCAAAUUAGUCUGCCAUUUUCACUUUCGGACACAAGGGUCUGCUCAUCCGUGCUCUGCUUCACUUUCAAUCGUGAAUUUGAAUUUGGUUUGUGGAAUCUAGAGAGUGAUGAGUGGUGUUCCGAAGAGAUCUCACGAAGAGGGCGCUUCUUCAUCAGCAGCCAAGUACCCUCACGAGGAUUCAGGAUCUUCUUACCCUAACAAAUCAACUCAUCCCCUUCCCGUUACUCCACCACCUCCUCCUCAGGCUCACCACCACCAUCAACAACAACAGCCUCACCUUCACUCCAUUCCUCAUCCCCAUUCUCACCAACAACCACCACUUGCUUCUGCUCCUUCUCCUGGUUACGAGGUGGAAUCAAGAACCGUCAAGGGUCCGAGAAGUGAGCCUAGAGAUGGAGGAGGAGAGAGACGCUCUCCUCUUCACGGCGUCUAUCGCUCUCCCUCCCUGCCGGUGACGGGUUCUUCAAGCGAUCCUCAUUUGACUCACCCCUCCGUGACGUUGGAGUCGAGAGAUGGUGCUAAGGUUGAGAGCAGAGACAGCAGGAGUGAUGGGAGAGAGGUACAUGGUGAGGGUAAGAGGGAGGUUCAUGGUCCCAAGGGAGAGAGAGAUGCCAAGUUUGAGAGUAAUCCCGGAAGCUAUUCCAGGAGUGAUGGAAGAGGGAUAUAUGGUGAGGCGAAGAGGGAGGUUCAAGGUCCCAAGAGUGAUAGGGACGCUAAGCCUGAGCGUCUUGGGGAUGAUUUUAGUGGGAAAGGUCAUAUAAGGGAGAAUCAGAAUUACAAUGACCAGAAGGGUGAGGUUAAGAUGGAGAAGGAGGGGCAUGCUCACUUGCCUUGGAAGGAGCAGAAGGAUUACCAUAGAGGGAAGAGAGCUGAGGGCUCAACCGCAAAUGUGGAGCCGUGGGUUGUAUCCCGUGGUAAUAACCCUCAAGGGUCAACGGAGGUUGGGGUUAAAGAUUUAUCGGCUCCUGUGGAGGGAGCGCAUUUAGAAGGGCUUGGAGAAAACAAGGUUGAUGCAAAAGGAGAAGAUAGGUUCAAGGACAAAGACAAGAAGAGAAAAGAUUUGAAGCAUAGAGAGUGGGGGGACAGGGACAAGGAUAGAAACGACCGCAGAGGGUCUGUGCCUUUUGGUAGUGUAACGAGCGAACCAAGAGAGAUUGGAAGAGAGACAGAGAAGUGGGAACGGGAGAGGAUGGAGCAGAACGAUCGAGAAAGGAAUAAGGAGAAGGAGAAGGAGAAAGAUCAUGUGAAAAGAGAGCCGCGGACUGGUGGUGCUGAGAAAGAGGUCUCGCAGAACGAGAAAGAGUUGGGAGAAGCAUCUUCCAAGCCUGCAGAACAGGAACACGUGGCACCUGAGCAGAAGAAGCUGAACGAACCGGAGGGAGAUGAAAGAGAAUCAAAGGACAAAAGGAGAGAGAGGGAAGGCGACUCUGAAGCCGAAAGAGCUGAAAAGCGCAGCAGAGUCGGUGAAAAGGAACCUGAAGAUGGGUGUUUGGAGGGUGAAGGAGCUGCAGAGAGGGAUAAGGAUGCCUUCAACUGUGGAGUUCAGCAACGGAAGAGAAUGCUGAGACCGAGAGGCAGCCCACAGACCACAAACCGCGACCGUGUCCGUUCACGGAGUCAGGACAACGAAGGGGUACAAGGCAAACCAGAGGUGCCGGUUGUUGUUUACAAAGUUGGGGAAUGUAUGCAAGAACUGAUUAAGUUGUGGAAGGAAUAUGAAUCAUCACACCCUGAUAAAAGUGGUGAUUUCGCAAGUAAUGGUCCCACUCUUGAAGUUCGGAUCCCAGCUGAGCAUGUUACUGCUACUAAUCGCCAAGUAAGAGGUGGCCAGCUAUGGGGAACAGAUAUAUACACAGAUGAUUCCGACCUUGUUGCUGUUCUCAUGCAUACCGGUUACUGUCGGCCCACUGCUUCCCCUCCUCCGCCUACAAUGCAAGAGUUGCGUGCAACCAUCCGAGUCUUGCCGUCACAAGAAUACUACACUUCCAAGCUGAGGAACAAUGUCCGCUCUCGAGCAUGGGGAGCUGGAAUCGGAUGCAGUUACAGAGUUGAGCGGUGCUAUAUACUGAAGAAAGGAGGCGGUACUAUUGAACUUGAACCCUCUCUUACCCACUCCUCAACCGUUGAGCCAACACUUGCACCAAUGGCUGUUGAAAGAUCUAUGACCACCAGAGCAGCAGCUUCGAAUGCUCUGCGGCAACAAAGGUUUGUUCGAGAAGUAACAAUACAAUACAACCUUUGCAAUGAACCUUGGAUCAAAUAUAGCAUAAGCAUUGUCGCCGAUAAAGGUCUCAAGAAGCCUCUGUUCACCUCUGCUCGCUUGAAGAAAGGAGAAGUUCUGUACCUAGAAACACAUUCAUGCAGGUACGAGCUCUGUUUCGCUGGAGAGAAGACUAUGAAAGCAUUCCAAGCCUCACAGCAACAACACUCAUCACUAGAAGCUAUGGAGAUCGAUAACAACAAGUCACAGAACCACCUUCCUUCAAACGGUGACAAAACAGAAUCAGACAACAGUAUAAUAGAUGUUUUCCGUUGGUCUCGAUGUAAGAAGCCUCUCCCGCAGAAGCUUAUGCGGUCCAUCGGGUUUCCACUCCCACCAGAUCAUGUCGAGGUGUUGGAGGAGAAUCUUGAUUGGGAAGAUGUACAGUGGUCACAAACUGGUGUUUGGAUUGCUGGAAAAGAGUACACACUUGCUCGCGUUCACUUCUUGGCUCCCAAUUAAAAUUAAAGCUUACAUGGUUUCCUUUUUAAUUUUAAUUACAAAAACUACCUUUAAUGUGUCUCUGUCUUUGUUUGAUCUUAUCUAUUGUUAAGACGUUAAGAGAUAAUAGGGUGAGUUGUAUUGUGUUCUUGUUGCUGUUUUUUUUUUUGUAAACUUUUUAAGUCAAAAGAUUUAGUUGUUAAUUUUGUAAUAAAGAUAACCAAUCCAUUUGGAUUUUGCUUCUCAGUCUUAUUUGUGGUGGAUUCUUAUUGUAAUUAGCUUAAUUAAUCAUCUCAAGUCGACAAAUUAAAAAGCUUUUUAGAAAAGAAAAAAUCAGGUUUAUUUGAUUUUCCAUAAAAUUUGACGUCAAAAACAUAAAUAUAGUUGGAAGAGUAAUGAAAAGAAAACAAAACUGAGGGACGACCAAAUCAUUCUUCUUCUUCUCGCUCUCUAAUUCUUCCGACCGAACAAGCAAAGCUUCUUCGGUCAUCCUCGUACAGUCUUCGUUUCUUCAAAUAAUGUCUGGAGAUGAUGAUGAUGAACCUUCUUAUGGCUCUGGAGACGAAGUAAACAUCACUGAUGGACACAGGAAGCGUAUCCCUGCAGCAGCAGCAGCAACACCUUCUUCUGCUGCCUCUGGACUAACUCGCAAGAGAAGUCGCAAGGCAUGUGGCGAUGCCAUAGUCGAAGCCAUGCUUGAAAUCGCAGCAGCUUCCAAAAUGAGAGCGGCGGCUUUGGCUAACAACGGAGACAGAUUCUCGAUCAGCAAAUGCAUCAGAGCGCUUGAUGACUUGCAAGGUGUUGAUCAGCAAACCUACUUUGUUGCCUUGGAUUUGUUUGAGAACCCGAGUUCGCGAGAGAUUUUCAUCUCUUUGAAGUAUGAGAAACGGUUGAAGUGGCUACAGGGGAAAUGUAGAGCUUUGUAGUUAUAUAGUUUUGGCUGAUCUUUUUUUAGACUGCAUGUUCUUGGUACUUGUGAUGAAAUGAUAACAUUGAUCUUCUUCAUUUGCUUAUAUAUGAAGAUGUAUCACUGGUAGACUAUCUCUAGUUAAAUGUGUCUUUUGUUCAAAACGGAGUAAUUUGAGGGGCUUGGGUCAUCAUACCCAGCUGUAUAAAUUGUAUUUUCUGAAAGUUUUAUUUGUAUCCGCUUGUGUUUCUGCA